UCUCCCGGAUGGGCGUCAUGGCGGCGAGGAAACUCGUCUCGAGACUUGGCCUACUCUUCCUCUCCCUCCUCCUCCUCCACCACCUCCACCUCGUCACGUGCACACACGCUGCGACUCCCCCUCUGAAUGUCCGCGUGGAGUCUCGCGACCUGCUGACGCAACUCCGCUGGGACCACGACGCUCAAGUGGACGUCGCCACCAGCAGCAGCUCAAAGCUCCUGGACGUUACCUACAGGGUGGACAGCAAACUCUAUGGACGAGCCCGCUGGCGGACCGUCUGCGCUGCCACCGCAGAGACACGGUGCGAUGUCUCCUCAGCUCUGCGACAUCCCGGCGACCGCUAUCAACUUCGCGUCAGAUCCACCGUCUUAUCACCACCACCAACACCACCAUCACCACCAUCACCACCAUCACCACCAUCACCACCAUCACCACCAUCACCACCAUCACCACCAUCACCACCAUCACCACCACCAUCACCACCAUCACCAUCACCACCAUCAUCGUCACCCUGGGUCGUGGUGGAGGUAUUACCCUUGAAGACAACCGUGCUGAGUGCUCCGACUGUCACCUUGAUGCUCCACAAGGACGCGAUGCUGGAGGAGGGUGGUGAGGAGGGUGGUGAGGAGGGUGGUGAGGAGGGUGGUGAGGAGGGUGGUGAGGAGGGUGGUGAGGAGGGUGGUGAGGAGGGUGGUGAGGAGGAGGAGGAGUGUGGUGGUAAGCGUGAGGACUACGAACAUGACGACAAAGAUGGCUACGAGAAUGACUACGACGACGAUGAUGACGACGAUGAGGGUGAUGGCGGCGAUGGCGGUGGCGACGAGGGAGAGCGGUGGGAGCUGUCCGUGCGGGUCUCCAUGAGGAGUGAGUGGAGGAGGAGGAUGGCGCAGAAUGACGUGCUGUACCAUCUACAAGCCGAGAUCUCCACAAGGAGGGGUGUGACUAGCACGGUGAGAGUGGGGGGGUGGGUGGGUGGGUGA